UCUGGCUGUGCUGUGUGGGAUCAGUGCUCGGGGUGCAGUCAUGGCGGACAGCGCCAGCGAGAGCGACACUGACGGAGCGGGGAGCAGCAGCUCGGCCACGCCGCUUUCCUCUUCAUCCUCCACUGCAGCUGCUCCGGCUGCAGCCCGGGAUGGCAAGCAGGGCGUGUUUAUCUCAGCGUUCCGGCUGGAGGAGCUGACGAACCGGCUGGCGUCCCUGCAGCAGGAGAACAAAGUGCUGAAGAUCGAGCUGGAGACGCUCAGGCUGAAGUGCAAGUGUCUGCAGGAGGAGAACCGCGACCUGCGCAGGGCCAGCGUCACUAUCCAAGCGAGGGCGGAGCAGGAGGAGGAGUUCAUCUCCAACACCUUGUUUAAGAAGAUCCAGGCUCUGCAGAAGGAGAAAGAGACGCUUGCCGUGAACUAUGAGAAAGAGGAGGAGUUCCUUACUAACGAUCUGUCCCGGAAACUCAUGCAGCUCCAGCACGAGAAGGCCGAGUUGGAGCAGCACUUGGAGCAGGAGCAGGAGUUUCAGGUCAACAAGCUGAUGAAGAAGAUCAAGAAGCUGGAGAACGACACCAUCACCAAGCAGCUCACUUUAGAGCAGCUGCGCCGUGAGAAGAUCGACCUGGAGAACACGCUGGAGCAGGAGCAGGAGGCGCUGGUCAACCGGCUUUGGAAGCGCAUGGACAAGCUGGAAGCUGAGAAAAGGAUCCUGCAGGAGAAGCUGGACCAGCCGGUGUCGGCCCCGCCCUCCCCGCGGGACAUUUCCAUGGAGAUCGACUCACCUGAGAACAUGAUGCGGCACAUCCGCUUCCUGAAGAGCGAGGUGGAGAGGCUGAAGCGCAGCCUGCGCACGACCGAGCUGCAGCACACAGAGAAGCGAGCGCAGUACAUCGAGGAGGAGCGACAGAUGCGGGAGGAGAACAUGCGCCUGCAGAGGAAGCUGCAGCGGGAGAUGGAGAGGAGAGAAGCUCUGUGCAGGCAGCUGAGCGAGAGUGAGAGCAGUUUGGAGAUGGAUGAUGAGAGGUAUUUUAAUGAAAUGUCUGCUCAGGGACUGAGAGCUCGUACCGUGUCCAGUCCGACCCCCUACACCCCCUCCCCCUCCUCCAGCCGCCCCAUCUCACCAGGUUUGUCGUACGCCGGUCACACGGUGGGCUUCACACCUCCGGCCACGCUGAGCCGAGCCCCACACACUCACUACACUCCCCCAGGACUGCACAUCCACCCUGGACCCUCCCACGGAGUUCAGAGGCCGUCUCCCAGGAGAAGCAGCAGUCCGGAUAAGUUUAAGCGCCCGACACCUCCUCCUUCCCCGAACACACACUCCGGAGCGCAGCAGCCUCCUCCUCCACCCCCACCCGCGCAGCCGGUGGCUCCGUCCAGCUCCUCGCACCCUCCCACUCAGCCUUAACGCAUGCACCACAACGCGCCAGGCUGCAACACACAGCGACUCAACAAUCUACGAAGAGAAGACACUUGGACUGGGAAGUUUUAGCGAGACAGGUUUUGCUUUGUGAACUGACAGAACGGUGACCACGUCUCCAAUUGUGUGGUGUGUUUUGAUUUAGAACGAUUGGUGGAAUAAAUUUAAGUUGCUUUCUGGCACUGA